AUGAACCAAAGUCAACAUACAAAUAAUACUUCUAUAAUCAGAAAUGGCGGUACUGCUGAAGGAGAAAGAAUUAUAAGUCUUGAAAAAGAUAUUAUUAUAGAAUACGAAAAUUUAGUAGCCAACGUUGAUAGAAUGAAUCAAUUGAUAACUCGAAUUAACACAAAUGAAGUACUAAAUCUAAUUAACAAAUUACGUACCCUUGAGAAAAAAAGACCUAUUUUGUUACAAGGCCAUACGCGUUCGCUUACUCAGAUUAAAUAUAAUAGAGAAGGUGACCUUAUUUUCUCUGUUUCAAAGGAUCAAAUUGUGAAUGCAUGGUACUCUCAUAAUGGUGAACGUUUAGGGACCUAUAAUGGUCAUGUUGGUGCGAUUUGGUCUGUAGAUGUUAAUUCAACGACUACUCUUCUAAUAACUGGAUCCGCUGAUAAUUCAGCCAAACUAUGGAACGUUCAAACUGGAAAAUGUUUACACACAUGGGAAUUUAAAACUGCAGUAAAACGAGUUGCCUUUUCUGAAGAUGAUACUAUGGCUCUCGCUGUUACUGAACAACGGAUGGGUUAUCCCGGAACAAUUGUUAUUCUUCCAAUAAAUCCGGACAUUGGAGCACAACGUCCAAAAGCAAUGGUAGCAGUUUGGGGAAAUCUUAAUAAAUAUAUAAUAACUGGUCACGAAGAUGGUAGCAUUGCUUUAUAUAAUUGGAAGGACGGUGAAAAACUUAAUUCAAUCCAUCCUCACACUGGCGAAAUUACUGACCUUCAAGCAUCCGAAGAUCGCACUUAUUUCAUAACUUCUUCGAAAGAUAAAUCAGCACAAAUAUUUGAAUCCAAUACUUUGAUGCCUUUAAAGAAAUAUGUAACUGAUGCACCACUUAAUUCUGCUUCGAUAACUCCAAUACAAGAAUUCGUUAUUUUAGGUGGUGGUCAAGAUGCUAUGCAGGUUACUACAACUACAAUGAGACAAGGUAAAUUUGAAUGUCGAUUUUGGCAUAGGAUUUUAGAAGAAGAAGUAGGUCGAGUAAAAGGUCAUUUUGGUCCAAUCAAUACUAUCGCUGUACAUCCCGAUGGUAAAAGUUUUUCAUCGGGUGGAGAAGAUGGUUACGUUAGAGUACAUCAUUUUGAUAAUGAUUACUUUAAAUUUAGAUAUCCUGAAUUAUCUUAA